UCUUCUCCACACAAAGACCAGCACAACACGACAGGACAGGGCCCUUAUUACGCGCUUUCCUCUGCGGCUGCAUCGUCUGUCGCUCAAGUCAGCCUACAGGAGGGCUUAUUUGCUUUGCCGCCUCACCAGGCCAUAUCAAACACCUCAUCUUUCUUGCUGACACAAUCCAUUGCAACCGCAUCCGACACCUAGUCAUCCUGCCUGAUUUGCCGGUGGCCCAUCAUGAAUGGCAUCGAUCGAGUCUUUGUCUCUGCAUUGAAUACCGUCAAACGUCUGCCCUCCACACCAGGCUCACCCAAACCGCCGCUAGACGAUCGGUUGCUCCUUUAUGCUCUCUUUAAACAAUCCACCGAAGGCGACAUACCCGCAAGCAUGCUAGAAUCGCUCGAAGCGUCUCUACGUAAUGGUGAAGAUCCAGAAGAUGAUGAUGCGAGUCGCGAAAAGACGGAAGCAUGGGCGCUCCAGCGUGGACUAUCCAAGACUGAAGCGAAAAAGAUGUACAUUAGCUCACUGAUUCGGAGUAUGCGGCUUUAUGGAUCCCAAACAACAGCAGCCAAGGCGCUCAUUGAUGAGCUUGAGUUUGUGUGGUUGCAGGUGGACGGUAAUGCCCCGGAGCAUGAAGAUGAUCAGACUGUCGCGUCGCGUGCGCGGACAAACUCUGGGUCACAGUCGCCUACGAGUGUGCGGCUGAAGCGAGCAUACGAGAGCAGUCAGCGGCUCAAUCGUGACGCAGAGGGAGAAGAUGAAGAUGAGCACGAGGAUGAAUUGGAACGACAGGCACCGAAUGCCUAUAGAACAGCCCCACCAUCACCCGUCAAGGCAGGUCUACCUAAUUCUGCGAGUGUCACUUUUUCGGCCUCACAGAUUCCAGCACUCAAUCUUGCCGCACCACAGCCCUUGCCCAAUAGCAAAAGCUUUGGCACGUUACGUGCUCAAGCCGCGAUUGCAGGGCGUGAUUUGACACCGGAGGAAACCAAGAUUUGGCGAAGACAGGUGGAAAUCUCGCUUCAGCAGAUUCGCACGGAAUUAGCAUCUGUUCGUGAAACAUUGUUGCAUGUUCCUGCUGCAGGCAUGCUCUCUCGCUCUCAUGGCUCUGGGUCGACGUUGUCUCGUGUUCUUGCCAGUUUGAGCGAUUUCGCACGUCUCAGCGCUGUUGUGCUUAUUUACGAUGCCAUCUUUCUGGGCUCGCUGUGGUUCAUCUUUUCACGCAACGGUGAUCCACGAGCGCUCAAAAUCAAGGACUGGUGUGGACGUUUGUGGGCUUGGAUGCUCAAAAAGGUUAAAGUCAGGAUGCGGAGUGCCGUUCGUGAUAUUGGCGACCGGAGAUAAGACUUGGGGACAUGUGCAUGAUCAAAAGCGC